AUGAACGUACACAACUUUUUCUUCCAACGCGUUCAUAACGGCCCUGAGAGCAUCCCCGACAACUGGCGUUUCCUCGUCGAUGCCGGCACCGAGCGUGCACUGUCCGGCAAACAGUUCUAUGAACGCAUUCGCGAUGGCGCAACUGUCAUCCAAAGCGAGCUCUCCCUCCGAAAGGGCCGGAACCUUGUCGGUAUCGUGAGCGAGAACUGUACGGAAUACGUGACCCUCAUACACGCCCUGCUUGCCUCCACAGUUCCCGUCGUUCCGCUCUCUUCGUACUCCACUCCUUUCGAGCUCGCCUACCUCCUCCGCCAGUCAGGUGUUACCCACCUCUUCGUUUCUCCCCACUUUCUGGAUCUCGUCCGAAAGGUAGCGAAGGAGGCCGGUCUGCGAGACGAAGACAUCUACAUACUCGACAGGACGGACCAUCUUAGCGGACGCGAGUCCAAGUCGAAAAGGAAGAGUUUCGGCGAACUGAUCGAGUCAGUGAGGAGGAAAGGUGUUCCCCGCGCUAGCGUACAAGAUGCGCCGAAGGAUACUCUCGCAUAUCUAUUGUUCUCCUCAGGCACUACGGGUCACCCGAAAGCUGUCAUGGUUUCCCAUUAUAACAUCUGCCAUCAGAUGCGGCAGUUUCUCCUCAUCGCGCAGGAAUCAGGCAAAGUCGUUCCGACAGAGCUUAUGGUGCUGCCCUUUCACCAUACCUACGGCCUCACCUCCGUAGCCUUCCGCUCCUUGCUCGUUCCGCUUACGAUCGUCAUCAUGCCUAAAUGGGAUACCCGCCGCGCUCUACACUUGGUUCAGAAAUACCAAGUGACGCGCGUACCGCUGGUCCCGUCGCUCGUGCAUCAGAUCGUGACUUACCUGCAGUCACCUGCGGGAAGGAAGGACCGGCCCACGGCGCUUGCAUCGCUUGUCAGCAUUGGCAGCGGCGCUGCGUACCUGCCGCCUGCGCUCGCCGACGAGCUUGCAAAAAUGGCGCCCAAGACUGAGCGCGUCACGCAAGGGUUCGGUAUGUCGGAGAGUACCAUGACCGCCACCAGCUACGUACCUGACGGAACAUUCGGCCGCACGAAGCACGUCCCAGGAUCGAAUGGAAUCUUGCUCGCCGACAUGGAGGCGAAGCUGCUGCGCGAAGACGGCAACGAGGCUGGCGUGAACGAGCCGGGUGAGCUGUACCUUCGCGGCGGGAACGUUGCGAUGGGUUACUGGGGCAAGGAGUUCGAGAAGGCAACGCGAGACACGUUCCUCCCGGACGGCUGGCUGCGUACGGGUGACAUCUUCCGCAUCGACGAGCACGGCAACUUUUUCUUUGAGGACCGCGCGAAGGACACGCUGAAGGUGUCCGGUAUGCAGGUUGCACCCUCUGAGAUCGAGGACGUACUCCUUGCCCACCCUGACCGACUCGUGAUUGACGCCACCGUUGCGGGCGUGUCGGGUGGACGCACCUCCGACGAGAAGGUGCCUCGCGCGUGGGUCGUGCUCGGGCCCGCCGGAAAGCGGAAGGGCGCGAAGGCAAGCACGGAUGCGCUGGACGAGUGGGUGCGCUCGCGGCUGAGCAAGUACAAGUGGUUGAGGGGAGGGAUCGAGGUUGUGGACCAGAUACCCAAAUCGCCGACAGGCAAGGUGCUUAGGCGACAGCUCGUCGAGAAGUAUGAGAGGAGGCGUGGAGCAAGCGCGGCCAAGGCGAAGCUUUGA